AUGUCAUGGAAAAAGAACAUCAUCAAGAAGACAGCAGCUAGAAACUUGCAUGUAAAAAAAUGCUGCAUAGUAAGGAUUCCUUGGAUGUCUGAAUUUUCCCCUAUUGAGUUUCUGAAAGGUGUUGUUGAAAGAGUAACAAAAGCUGUAUGUUUUUCAUCUAUGAGAAGAUCUUCGAACCGCGUUUCGGCUUCCAUGGGAAGAUCAAAGACCAUAGGUGUCUCUGUUGAUUAUUUUAGGACCGCAGCUGUUGAGGAUUGCAUUGAGUUCUUCCACAUUCAAUCUUCCUUUUCUAGAUCAAAUUCUUUAACCAUUACACCUCAAGAUGAGUUUACGCGUUUUUCUGAAAGAAAGUUUGAUUCAUAG